AUGGCAGAGUCGGCGGAGUCGCGGAAAUAUGACCUUGUGGUGCUGGGAGCAACGGGGUACACUGGAAAACUGACAGCACAAUCCGUCGCGAAGAACUUCCCAGGCGACCUCAAAUGGGCAAUUGCAGGGAGGUCAAAAACGAAGUUGCAGGAACUUGCUGCAGAAUUGAGGGGGAUAAGGCCAGAGGGAUCACAUCCAGAUAUUGAGAUUGCUGAUCUCGAGCAGGCGGAUCAGGUAGAUGCCGUGGUGCGACAAACCAAAGUAUGCAUCAGCAUAGUGACAUACUGGAGAGUCGGAGACGUCGUGGUUGAAGCAUGCAUUAAACACAAGACGGACUAUGUUGACGCCGCAGGAGAACCUUCACACCUCCAGGGAUGGAUUGAAAAGUAUCAUGAAAAGGCCGAAUCUCAAGGAACUGCACUUAUACACGCCUCCUCGCUGUACAGCGGACCUCAAGAUCUCCUAUCUUGGGCAGCCGCACGAGAACUGAAACGGGCGUUUGGAGCAGAUACGAAAGAAGUCAUCCUCACUAAUACAAAACAAGACCCGAAUCCCAGCGGGGGCACUUUUGAAGGAAUGAUGCGCGGCGUAUCCAACAAGCAGGAUUCCAAAGAACCCGAAGCCCCUCCUAAUCCAUGGAUCGUAUCACCCAUUCAAGGAUCAGCAGUGCAUCCCCAGGCAACUGGGCUACUCAUCCGCGAGGAUUCAGAUCUCGGCUUGCUGUCGGAGUACGCCAUGGCUCGACUUCAAAACCAAGCCAUAGUCUAUCGCACCUGGGGUCUUCUCCAGGCCACGAACCAAGGGCCAGGCCCAAACUUUCAGUACAAUGAGUACGACAGUAUCAGUUCCAAGGUGGAAGGAUUCUUCAAGAUGCUUGAAGUCAAGAUAGUGACCACCUUGCUGUCCAACAUUUUGACACUGCGCCUGCUCAAGUUGUUUAUGCCAGCGCCAGGAUCGGGGCCUGAUGUCCGCAAAACAGCGACGCACCCCAUUGAGAUGAAGGCUCUGGCAAUCGCAGACGGCAAUGAUGCGCAGCGAGCGACCGCCAGUUUCUCAUUUCCGUCCGGAUCUUACCAUACCACAGCGUUGUUCCUGAGCCAGGCUGCGGCAUCGCUUCUUUAUUCCAAGUCCCUCCAGGGUGGUAUAAAAGGAGGCUGCCUGACGCCUGCUAUCUUGGGAGAGGAUUUUGUGCAGAGGCUCAGGGCAGCGGGGGCAGUGAUUGAGGUCUCGUCAAAGCAAAAGUGA